UGAAGGAGCAGAGGAGGCGGCUGGAGGAGCAACAGCGGCGUGAGCGCGAGAUGAGGAAGCAGCAGGAGCGAGAGCAGAGGCGACGCUACGAGGAGAUGGAGCAGCUGCGGAGAGACGAGGAGAGGAGGCACGCGGAGAGAGAGCAGGAGUACAUCCGUAGACAGUUGGAGGAGGAGCAGAGACAGCUGGAGAUCCUACAGCAGCAGCUCCUCCAGGAGCAGGCUCUUCUGCUGGAGUACAAGCGUAAGCAGAUGGAGGAGCAGAGGCAGGCAGAGCGUCUCCAGAGGCAGCUGCAGCAGGAGAGAGCCUACCUGGUGUCGCUCCAGCAACAGCAGCAGGAGCCACGCCCCCAGGACAAGAAGCAGCUGUACCACUACAAGGACCAGGCCCCCAGCGUCGACAAACCAGCCUGGGCACAGGAGGUGAUGCGUAGAGCCCAGAGUAACUCGCCUCGUAUCCCCCCCAAGAAGUAUCACUCCUUCACAGAGCCCGGCGACACCAACCUCGCUCAGCUUCUCCAGCUUCCUGAUUACUGUCCCCGGCCCCGCCCCCCCUCCUACCCCGCCCACGUCAGCCCCUCUAGGGAGAGGUCAGAACCCAGCAGUGUGCACGUGCCGCGCAUCCGUGUGUCCUGUGCCCCUGAACCCGCCCCCAUCCCCUCCUUUAAGCCAAUCCUGCGACGCCCCGAGGCUCUUAGGCGGAACCCUGACGAGAGGGGGCGGAGCCCCGGCCCGAGGGUGGAGGAGAGAUCCAAGAUGAACAGACAGAGUUCUCCAGCGCUGCAGCACAAGGUCUCCAACCGCAUCUCGGACCCGUCUCUGCCGCCGCGCUCCGAGUCCUUCAGCAGCGGCGGCAUACAGCAAGCCCGGACCCCGCCCCAGCUCCGCUCCAUCGAGCCGCAGAUGGCCCAUCUGGUCCAGGUGAAGUCCCAUGGUCUGUCAGGGUCCCAGUCUCUCCACGACCCCCAAGGUGGGGGGGGCCUGUCCCCCUCCCCUUCCGCCCCCCCCAUGCCCCGGCAGAACUCCGACCCCACCUCCGACACCCCAGCCCCACCCCCCCGCCUCGUCCCUCCCCACGACAAGCUCGACCGCAGCCCCUGGGUUCGCCACGACGACGACCUGCCCCCCAAGGUUCCCCAGAGAACCACCUCCAUCUCCCCAGCCCUUGUGAGGAAAACCUCCCCAGGGAACGGACCUGGGCUGGGGCCCCGGACUGGAGCUCACCUCAUACGGGCCAGUAACCCGGACCUGCGCAGGACGGACCUGUCCAUGGAAACGCCCCUGAAGAGAAGAAGCAGUGGAAGCUCCUCCAGCUCCAGCUCCCAGGAGAGAGGGUCCAGUAAGGCUGAAGGUACCACGGCAGCAACUCAGGAGCCCAAAGAGGAGAGCAGGGAGGUGACACAACCUAGCAGGCCUGCGGAUUUGACUGCUCUGGCCAAAGAGCUCCGAGAACUCCGGCAGGGGGAGGAGACGAACCGCCCACCCGUCAAAGUGACGGACUACUCUUCAUCCAGUGAGGAGUCUCACAGCAGCGAGGACGAGGAGGGAGAGGGCGGGACCAACGAUGGAACUGUGGCCGUCAGCGACAUACCACGGAUUAUGCCUGCUGCAGGACCAGGAGGGAACGAGCCCUACGGCAUGAUGGGAAGCCAUAACGACGCCCAUGGCAACGCCUAUGGCAACAGUGGCCAGGACAGCACUCUGAUGAUGCGUGAGAAGUUUGGGGACAGGAGGCGGAGCUCCCCUCCCAAUGACAGCAAUGGUUUCCCCAGCAACGCUAAUCUGUUCCCCGGCAACGCCAAUCUGCCUGACUUGGUGCAACAAAGCACCCCGCCCCUGGUCUCCCCGGGCAACGGCUCAGGGGCCCAAUACGGGAUAGGAAGUGGGAGUGGCUCCAAGGCCUCCUUCACGCCAUUCGUCGAUCCGAGGGUGUACGGGACGUCCCCCACCGAUGAUGACGACGAGAACUCAGCCUCCGCUCUGUUUGCAGACGAGCUGAUGAGACAGGAGCAGGAGCAGGCCCGACUAAACGAGGCCAGAAAGAUCUCGGUGGUGAACGUGAACCCCACCAACAUCCGGCCCCACAGCGACACGCCCGAGAUCCGCAAGUACAAGAAGAGGUUCAACUCUGAGAUCCUCUGUGCUGCUCUCUGGGGUGUGAACCUGCUGGUGGGGACUGAGAAUGGGCUGAUGUUGUUGGACCGCAGCGGUCAGGGGAAGGUCUACAAUCUCAUCAACCGCAGACGGUUCCAGCAGAUGGACGUUCUGGAGGGACUCAAUGUCCUGGUCACCAUCUCAGGCAAGAAGAACAAGCUGCGUGUGUACUACCUGUCCUGGCUGAGGAACAGGAUAUUACACAACGACCCGGAAGUAGAAAAGAAGCAGGGCUGGAUCACAGUGGGGGAGCUGGAGGGCUGUGUGCACUACAAAGUUGUGAAAUAUGAGAGGAUUAAGUUUCUGGUGAUUGCUCUAAAGAAUGCGGUGGAGAUUUACGCCUGGGCUCCCAAACCUUACCACAAGUUCAUGGCUUUCAAGUCGUUCACUGACCUGCAGCACCGCCCCCAGCUGGUUGACCUGACGGUGGAGGAGGGCCAGAGGUUAAAGGUCAUCUAUGGCUCCAGCGUUGGCUUCCAUGUCAUUGAUGUGGACUCUGGGAACCCCUAUGACAUCUACAUCCCCUCCCACAUUCAGAGUCAGGUGACCCCCCACGCCAUCGUGGUUCUGCCCAAGACGGACGGCAUGGAGAUGCUGCUGUGCUACGAGGACGAGGGCGUCUACGUCAACACCUACGGGCGCAUCACCAAAGACGUGGUGCUGCAGUGGGGCGAGAUGCCCACCUCCGUGGCCUACAUCCACUCCAACCAGAUCAUGGGCUGGGGAGAGAAGGCCAUUGAGAUCCGCUCCGUGGAGACGGGACACCUCGACGGAGUUUUCAUGCACAAGCGAGCUCAGCGACUGAAGUUCCUGUCGGAAAGGAACGACAAGGUGUUUUUUGCAUCUGUUCGUUCCGGUGGCAGCAGCCAAGUCUUCUUCAUGACCCUCAACAGAAGCUCCAUGAUGAACUGGUAACCCCCUCCUCUCCGGUUCAUUUCCUUCAUCCCACACCAGAGGAGGGGAGGGAAAGAAUGAAGGAAGAACGGAAAAAGAUGAGUGAACACAUCAGACAUUCGAAUCAGAAGAAAAAAUGCAUUGGAGCCGUUGCUCAUUUCCAACCUCCACCACCAGGGGUGCCAGAGAGCAACAGCCUCUCUCAAGUCAGCGUCCAGAUGUUUGAUAUUUGACUGUAGUCUACUUACUUUCCUUGGAUUACUGGGUUUCUUUUUUUUCCUUGGGUUAGGGGGACAGUUAACAGGACAUGGUAGCAUAAAAACCACAUUGUUGGGUAGCCUAAACUUUGAACCUCCCAUUUAAACCAUGUUACUCUUAUUUCUGGUGAUUUCAGGUACGACCCGAAUCCACAAAUCCCGAUGGUUUUGUUUGUUCACCAAUAUUACAACACAAGUGGUGCAGGACUCAUCUAAUACAGGAUUAGGUCUUAAAUACACAACAUUUAAUAACUUAACAUAUUAUCACUUUUUUAUUAUUAUUAUUUGCAUUUGACAUCAUUCAGUCUUUCUUUUUGUCAACUGUAGCAAGUCGUUUGCUACACAUUGUAAAGGUUGAAAACCGUUGUGGAGAUCUUCUGAUUAAUUUUCCGGCAGA